GGGGGGGGGGGGGGGCUUGAUGGCCAGUGCCAGCCAUGCGUGUAACACGGCUAAAACCAGGCUAGGUCUCCCCCUUCUCAUCUCCGGCCCGACAGAUUCUCUGACGCUCCUCAAGGUUCAUGGUGGCCGAGCGACAAGCGAUCCUCUCUCGCUUCUGGCAGCAGGGGGAAGGACAGAACCAAAAACAAUCCCCUCCCUCCCCCCACGCAAGAGGGAUGGAACCAAGGACAAGCCCAUCAUCGUCCGCCAUGAUGGUGGUGCAUCGAAUCAUCCUGACUGUCGCCAGCCCCGAGAGGAGCGGUCAGAGCUCGUCGCUCGCUAG